AUGUUGGUUGAUGAAUGGUGUGCUACGCGAAACGUCUAAACGUGUCAGUUAAGCAUAUAACUUUCUACUAACAAUUUAGAGAGAUGAGCCAUGCGGACGAAGACACAUGUACCAAUACUAGUAAUUUAAAAUAUGAGAUUGGGAUGAUAUUGGAGGAGUGGCGAUGGCAGUAUCAUCACCAAAAAGAGCACUAAGAAGUUGCCGCCCCACUUUGUUCACUAUUGUUCACACACAUCGGUCAAAGGAAGCUACUAGAACUUACGUGACUCUUACGUUUCCAUUACGCUCAGUUCCUUAUAAAUACAUACAAAUGCCAACAUUCUCUCCAUAUACACCAUCAAGUGAUACAACCUCACAAUUAAACGGCUUCUCUAGCUAUCUUCAUUUAUUCUUAAACUUUCACAAAGAAGAAUCGUUCUAUCAUUGACUGAUUAGUUUGGUUCGUAGAGGAAGCGAUGAAAAUGGGAAGCCUCAAGUUCUUGGGAGGUGCUUUCUUGUUCUUGGUUAUUUUUGACAUAUGUUUAGCAGCUAGAUCACCAAGAGGUCUCGGUAGAGGCGCUGGUUCAGGUUCUGGUUAUGGUUCGGGAUCCGGGGGAGGCAAUGGUGGAGGAGGAGGUGGCGGCGGUGGUGGUGGUGGUGGUGGUGGUGGAGGAGGAGGAGAAGGAUCAGGUUCAGGGAGUGGCUACGGUUCAGGGUAUGGGUCCGGUAGUGGUUACGGGUCUGGAGGAGGAAACGGUGGUGGUGGGGGUGGAGGAGGCGGCAGAGGUGGUGGCGGUGGAGGAGGUAACGGAGGUUCCGGAUACGGGUCAGGUUAUGGAAGCGGCUCUGGAUAUGGGAGUGGUGGUGGUAGAGGCGGAGGAGGUGGCGGUGGAGGAGGAGGCGGUGGUGGUGGUGGUAGCCGUGGAAAUGGAUCAGGCUAUGGAAGCGGAUACGGUGAAGGAUAUGGGAGCGGAUACGGCGGAGGUGAUAAUUACGGGGACUCGCCCUAGAUGCAUUGUUAUUGAGACAUAAGCUUAUUUUUACAUGAUAAUAAUGAGGUGACAGAUUCUUUAUCGUCACAUAGACAUGCUUAUAUAUUAUGUUGAGUAUUCUUUCGUUAUUGAAGAGAGAGAUUAUAUAGUUUCCAUUGUCAAUAAAACAUGCAUAUUUCCAUGCACUAUAUAUACAAUUCUUACGAGAUGUAUACAUCAGUUUCUACUAAAUACUUUGGAAUUUGGAUA